GGGCUCACUCCCCGGGGCCUGCCGCCGCCGCCCCGCUCCCAGGGCGCUCCGGCAGGCGCGGAGGUUCUUAACUUGCCAAGAUGCCCAUCAAUGUUGAUGAUGUGAUGCAACUGUUCUACCAUCUCUCUCAGGAGAAGGGGAUGAAGGCUGCUGUCAAACACUCUGGUCGAGGAGCACUGCUGGCAGGUGCAACAGCAUUUAUUGGGGGUCUGAUGGGAGGUCCACCUGGAAUCGCUGUAGGAGGAGCAUUUGGUGGAUUGCUUGGUGCCUGGAUGAAUGCUGGACAGUUCAGGCCGGUCCCUCAGAUUUUAUUGGAAUUGCCUCCUGCUGAGCAGCAGAAGCUCUAUGAUGAAGCCAUUGUUAUUCUCAGGCGCUUAGACUGGACUGAUAUUGCUCAGCUGACUGCUCUUGUAAUGGGAAAUGCUAGUCUCCAGCAGAAGUUGACAGCAGUGCUGAUAAAUUACCUCUCCAAAGAGCUAAGAGCAGAGAUACAGUAUGGAGAAUAAACCUUUCCAGAGCAGGCUUUUUACGGUGUAAUGAAUUUUACUCUGGCAGUUGUGAUUCUCCAACAUAGCAAUUAUUAGUUAUCAGUACUAAUUAUGAAUGUAGGCAGAUCUAAGUAUUAUUUUGGGGUUUGGAGUUGGGUUUUUUGUUUGUUUUGUUUUGUAAGGAUAGUAUUAGAUUACUGCAUUAUCCUGACACUGACUUGCUAUGUAAUUUUGAAUUACUCUGCACUAGGACUGCAUUCAAAAUCACUGAAGGGAAUUACGCUUCUCUUACGCUAAUGUAUCACUAGUUAAAAUUUUCAAAGUCAUUGUGUUUUAUUUAGGAGAUUUAAUCCUGUUUGUGUACGUGCUUUAAUUUUCUUCUGUGAAUGACAUAUAGGUGCCAAAGUAGCUAGGGCACUUUGAAGAAUUUUACCUACUGUCUGUUUCAGUCCUGCGAAAGAAAGUUAUAAGAAAGUACGUUAUGCUACUGUGAACUCAAAGAUCUCAAUCCUUAUUUUAUUCUUUGUUGCAUUUUUAUUGUAAUUCUUGAGUUAUUUAUUCCUUUCUGUAAGAAGUGAAGCCAAUGCCUAAACAAGAUUUAAAGCAACAGGUAAACAAACUGUGCAUAAUUAGUAGUUCCUGGUGUCCUAGAAUGGGAAGGCAUGGCAAGAAUACACUUUUAAAAAAAUGUAAAAAUGGGGAGCUGAAUCUACCAUUUUUGUACUAUCCCUAGGAUUAGGGUUGUCAUUUCAGCAUUGGUUUCUUGACUGAAUCUGAACAGCUGGUCCUCUGUUUUCAUUAAAAUAUUCAUAAGAAGCA